GGUCAAUUACCGCUCGUGUUUUUGACAUGUUUCCCGCAAACUGAACUUCAUUUUGGUGGAUGAAGUUUUCAUUUUUUGUAUCAAUUACAUACUUUACCAGUUUUUCUUAAAGAACGCUCUUCUACAGACUUAGAUUGCAUGAUUUUGCUGUAAAAACAAGAACGAUCUCAGAAAACAGAACGUCAUAAACUCUAGAACUAAUCAAUUUUUUAUCAUCUUACUUACAUGCUUUUGCCAAAAGUUAAAGAGAGCUAUUUACGUCAAACUCCAAAUUACAAAAUUCGACAAAUUGAAGUUCUCUCUAUAUAAACUAUGGUCAAUAGUUAAUUGAGUUUUAACGAAGCUUUUUUCACUUGCGUUCAAAUUAUUUUAGCUUGUUACAACUAAUAUUUAAUCUCAAAAAAACUACAUGCUAAACAAUUUAAUAGUUCUAAGUUGUUCUCAACUCUGCAGGCUUCAAGAGCUCUGAUGUCAUAUUUUUAGUACAAAUUGCUGCUUUUUGGAAUCUUUCUUUUUACUGGUUAAUAUAUAGUGUUUUUUUUUUCAAAAAAAAAACUCGGGACAAGUGUGGGAGUUAGAUCCUAUGAUUUUCGCGUUGUCAACAAGCGUAGGCGGACAAAUUGAUUUAUUUCUUGACUCUAUACUCUUUCUUUUUCCCUAUUUGUUUUCAGGGCCCACUUAUCAAUUUUUUGUCAAAACUUUUGGACCCAAUUAUAAUUUUUUUUGAUUUUUUGAUUCAUAAAUCAGUUACCAUCUCGGUUUGAACAAUGGCCUGUUCCUUGCAGUUCUUGUUCAUUCUGUGCAUGCAGCUGUUGAUCUUUAUCCUGAUUGGUGUGGGCCAUGGACCUUAUGUGUGGGAUUCGGAGCAGGUAGUGGUACUGAGUGCAUCUAAAAAUGCCACUCCUUACGGGGGCAUUUGGUUCUCAUGCGACAUGGCUGAGGAGGGCUGCACAUACCUAGAAAAGAAAAACGUGCCCGAAAACUCAGAUUGGAUCAAAAUCAACUGUGCCAGGGCAUUCUUGCUGUUCGCUAACCUUGUCGGUCUGAUUGAGAUUCUGCUGUGUGCAGUGUCGGCCUGCGCUUGCGGAAAGGAUCCUCCUAACAUGCUUUGCGUUCCUCACGUGAUCAUUUUGGUCGUAGAAGAAGUGUUUGCCGUGGGGGCAGCUGUCAUAAUGACUGAGACAUUCGAAGUGCUGAAGGGGAGCCGAGAUAACAUGAACGUCGGCUGGUCCCUCGUCUGUCUCUGGACCGGCUGCUUCGCCCUCCUUCCCACCAUCUUCACACCUGCUGGAAAGUGCACCAACAAAGCCAUGUCCAGACGCACUUCCUACCCAAAUGAAUCCAGGACCCAACUCAUGUGAUUGAACUGGGAGGAAUUAUUUCUUAAAAUUAUACAGACAAAUUUGGCAUUCAAUGGAUUUCACACUUACUAACUUAGACACGACAUCUUUCGAUUACAUGACUCGUGUUAUAACUGGGCGAUGAAUACACGUGAAUUUUGUUCCACACUAACAUAAUGCAUAAAGUGUUUGACUGAAUUUAAUUUAAGAAGAAACUGCUA